UUGGAUUCCCCCACAACCGCCCUUGUUAUAACCUUCCAGCAGAGUCUAUGGGCACCACUGCCAACCUAUACAGCACAUAAAAGUCACAUCACUCUGCUCCAUCUACUAAUAAAACAGCACUACAAGAACCAGCCAUGAAUGUCUCCAUUCUUCUGGACACUAGGCUAUCACCAUGAUGCGCACAUUACAGUGUAUAUGGAUGCACAGGUCCCUGGACCACUUGCAGCAGGUGCCACCUGAUGUUGCUAUGACAACAUGUCACCUGGACAACGGCUGUUGUUGUUGUUUACCCACAACUGUCAGUUGGACCGAGCGGACGGACGUCUAUAGGAUCCCAAAGAUGGCGGCUACUGGAGGAAGAGGAGAUGGCGAGAAGGAGAGAGGAAAGAAGAUGAAGAGAGAAGAGGAGGACGAGGAGGAGGAGAAGAGAGGAGAUGAGAGAAAGAAGAAAGAGGUGGGCGAGGAGCUGAAGAGAGGAAAGAAGAGGAAGAGAGAAGAGAGCGAGGAGGUGGAGAAGGAGAGAGGAGCGAAGAGGAAGAGAGAAGAGGAGCUCGAGGAGGAGGAGGAGGAGAGAGGAGAUGAGAGGAAGAAGAAAGAGGUGAGCGAGGAGCUGAAGAGAGGAAAGAAGAGGAAGAGAGAAGAGAGCGAGGAGGUGGAGAAGGAGAGAGGAGCGAAGAGGAAGAGAGAAGAGGAGCACGAGGAGGAGGAGAAGAGAGAAGAGGAGAGGAAGAAGGAAGAUGAGAGCAAGGAGGGGAAGAGAGGGAAGAAGAGGAAGAGAGGAGAGGAGAUCGAAGAGGAGGAGAAGAGAGGGAAGAAGAGGAAGAGAGAAGAGGAGGAGAAGAGAGGAGAGGAGAGGAAGAAGGAAAAGGAGAUCGAGGAGGAGGAAAAGAAGAGGAGAGGAGAGGAUGCCAGAGUAUUGGAGGAUGAGGAUCCAAGACCAGGCACCAGUCAGGCCCCCGGAACAUCAAUCAACUACCCCAAAUUUAACAUCAAACACCUUACUGUCCAUCAGGUAUUGGGUAGGGGCAGCUUUGGAGUGCUAAGCUCCGCCCCCACAUGUGAUGGUGACAUCAUCACAGGUCCUACACCUCCAGCAUCUAGCAGUCCGGGCCAGGGGAGGAGACAGAGGGAGGGUAAGAACAGAGAGGUGGGCCUAGCAUCAGUCCCCGGCCGAAACAACUACGUCGCCAUCAAAGGUAUCACCAAAACAGCGGACAAUGCAGCAAUCCUACAGAGAGAGCGACGGAUACUCAUGCUGGCCCGAGACUGCCCGUUCCUGUGUCACCUGUAUGCUGCACAGCAGUCUCAGGACCAUGCCUUCUUCAUCACCGAGUACCUGUCCGGCGGCAGCUUGGAGGCUUUACUCACAAUGUGCAGCAGUCUAAACAUCGAAAUAGUAAGAUUCUACACAGCAGAGAUUGCAUGUGGCCUCCAUUUCCUUCACAGACAGAACGUCGUCCACCGAGAUAUCAAGCCAGAUAACAUCAUGCUGGAUCGAGAUGGACACAUCUGCAUCAUAGACCUCGGACUUGCCCAAGAUGGCGUCACCUCCUCCAACAAGAUCCAAGGAGUGACGGGCACAUUACUUUACAUGGCCCCAGAGGUGCUCCAGAGGAAGAGUUACCAUGCAGCGGUUGACUGGUGGAGCCUGGGGAUUGUUGUAUCCCGGAUGUCAGCAGGACGUUCCCCAUUCUACUUUGGCUGCAACAGAGAAAUGGCUCACGAUUCCAUCACCAGAGAGAAGCCUAAUAUUCCAUCUUGGCUCCCUGCUGACCUGAAACAUCUGAUCCAACAACUGCUGCACAAGAAUCCUGAGAAGCGGCUGGGUGUGAACAGGAACAUCAGAGACCAUCCAUUCUUCACCACCAUCAACUGGGAGGAACUGGAGCAGAAGAGAGCACAGCCGCCAUUUACACCAUUCGAGGCAGCUCUGAAGAAGGGAGACCUGCGGUGGUCAGAGGUAGAGACAGCUCUUCACCCCUUGGAAGGAUUCUCUUUCAUAGCUCCAAGCUGGGAAUGGUAAGAUCAGCCCAUGGCCCAGAGCUCUGUACCAUCUGAGUGCUGCACCCAGGAGCGGCCUGUGCUUGUAACACCUCAGCACAGGCCGGUAAGUAUCACACAUCAUCACACA